AUGCUCGAGGUAUACCAAACCGUGUCCGACAAGCUCCUUUCAAAGAUCUUGCGUUCGACGUCGGACGGCCGUAAUAUUAUUUGCCGUAAGGCGCUCACAAAUGAGCAAGUUGAAAAUUUCAUCCGCACCGGCAACAUGUUUGUCGUGAACUGUGUCAACGGCAAAUUAUGUGGUUUUGCAUCUGUAGAAUCUGAAGACGGGCUUGCGAUAUUCAACCUAAUAUGUACAGAGGUACGAGGUGGCAAGGCGAUAAUUGACUUUAUAGUCAAUGCAUGUAAGAUGCUGUACGUUGAAGAGCUCAUGCUACAUGCUCUCAAUGACGAGCUUAUACCGUUUUAUGAAACCAAUGGAUUUGUGAGCUCACCAGAUGACCGGCGCGAAAUGACCAUGGUUUUCUAA